AUGUUCCUCCUCCUCUCUGCGUUCCUCCUCUUUGCCGUGACCCUUGUGAACGCGGCACCGCUCACUGGCUACAGAGCUUCUCUCGGUCCCGAGGCAUCCUUGAGUCCUCUCGCCGUCGCGCUGACUGUCGUGCCGCUUCCGCUACUGGCUGCGAUCAAGUACACCUAUGUCCGCUUCCGCAGAGCACAGUCUAUACACGCCCACCCUCACUCAUCGAACACCGUUCGUAGCGACAACCCAUCACCGCGCUUAUCCGUGCCCGCGUCUGCAUCUGACCCGGAAAAAUGUUCUUCAGCGAGUUUCUGGUUCACUCUCACACCCUACCUGGUCGGCUUUCUCGGUUCUCCCAAAUGGGAGACAGCUAUCCGCUCGCGGCUUGACAAGACCAUAAGACAAGCAAAGGCUGCCUCUCUCAGGUCGUCUCGUCGAUCCUUGCUCUCUCCGCGCUCUCCCGCUUUCGGAGAUACCUCUGGGACAACUGCCAACACUAGUUCAGCUUAUUACUCCUCGUUCUCUCACAAGUCUCAGCGCUCUCAAUCAAAGUCUCGCUCAGUAUCCUACGGCGACAACUCCGCAGAGAAUAUCCCUAGUCCUAGAUUCACCUCGCACGCUUUCUCUGCCAUCACGGACUGCUCUAUCAUCCAUCCGUCUUCUCCUGCCUGCCAACAUGGCAUCUAUCUCCCGACCCCUCCCCCGGCCGCGUACCUGACGCAUGCCCCGUUGAGAACCUCCGUUCAGAGGCGCUCUCCUACGCUGAUGCAGGUCAUGGAGCCGGUCUUGACUUCGUGGUACGACGAUGACAGAGGCGGCGACAGCACGGGCAACGAGAGCAAAGGGACGCAAUCGACGCUCGACUCCUCGCACUCCUCUACCAGCAUGCGCCGUGAGACUUCUGAUAGGUCUUCUGACUCGCCCUCGUUGCCCUUCCAGACUCCAAUGACAUCUCCGCCUACUCCUGGGAUGCCUGGUGGCUACUCCUCGUCUUCUAUGCCGUUCACGCUUCUAAGAAAGCAACUUGGACUAUCUGCCACCUCUUCCGCUCUUUCUCUGGACGCGGUCUCUUCUACAUCUCUGUCUGUCGCUGUGUUCCACUCUCCGGUUGCUCCGAGCAUACUUGUCCCCCAGCCUGUUUAUACCCCAGUCAUACGACCCGCUAGUUGUGCAGUUCUCCCCACCAAUUGGCAGGUCGACCCGGAUCGCCUCAGCGUCCCUAGUUUCAUGCACAGCCCGACCCACAGGAGUCCUGCUCCUGGCCGUCCCGCGGGGAUCUACGAGCUCCUGGCCAACCCCCCUAUACGGCCAUCGCUAUCUCCCAAAGUGUCGUUCUCUCCUGUCCCUAGUCCACCCGCGUCGCCCGUGCUCUCCCAGGGCGCAGGUCCCGUCGUCCUCAAAUCCGCCCUCAAAAAGCGGGGCAGCACAAGCCCCGCCCUCCCGUCCUCGCUCAGGAAUUCAGUCAGCUUCAGCCUGAUGAGCUUCGACGUUACCGGCGCGGAGGACUCGAUCUUCUCCGCCAACUCCGCGACGAACAUCGGCACGAGCAAGAAUCGCAAGAGCUGGGACAUCACGGACCUGAUGCACAACGGGGAGCUCGACGUCGACGCGAUCACUUGUGCGCUCGGCCUCGGGCUGGGCGUUGGGCUCGACUCGCGCAGCAGCGUCGGGUCUGUCCCCAGCCCCAGCGUGACGCUCACGUUCGUGCCGAACACCCCGGCGGAGGAUGCGGAGACGGAGUACGACAUCGAGCAGUACGCGGCAGGCUGGGGCUCCCCGCAGCUCCCCAACGCCGCGGGUGCGAGCGAGGGCGAGGGCGUGCAGAUGCGCUGGCAUGUGCAUGGGCUGCAAUUGACCGCGAUCCCGGAGGAGCCGCGGAGCGAGGUGUGCUCUGUCGCGGGGAGCGUGCAUGCCGUCGGUGAUGACGAAGACGAUCGCGAAGCGGAGGUCUCGGAGCUGGUCCAGGAUAGCGGCAUCAUGUCGAUGGAGAUGGACAGCGAGGUCGUGGACGUGCAGGAGAAGGCCGACGUGGACGCGGCGGAGGUGCGCACGAGCAGUGUGCGGCCCGAGAGCUGGCGCGAGGGCGAGUCGGUGGCGACUCUGAGUGUCGGCCUUGCUUGGUAG